AUGAGGAAACGCUUCGUACGAGUCUACUACCAUCAAGGCUUGCACAACAAGUUGCAAACUCUCACCCAAGGUAGUCUAUCGGUUGAAGACUAUUACAAAGAAAUGAAAAUGGCCAUGAUGCGGGCUGAUAUUCAUGAAGAUCUAGAAGCAACCAUGGCUCAGUUUUUAAGAGGCUUGAGGAUUGACAUUGUUGACAUAGUGGAGCUACACCACUACCUUGACUUGAAUGAAUUGCUAGAUAAACCCAUCAAGGUAGAAAGGAGACUUAAAAGGAGGGAUACGGUUCGCCAAAACUCCAACUCCCAAUCUGGAAUUUGGAGGAAUCCGACCACAAGGAACAAAACCAACCCUUCGUUUGUACCUAAUGCCUCAAAGCCAAAUGAAGCUUGCCAAGGGAGUAUGAGACCGAAUGCACCACUGUCCAAACCAACUCCAAAGGAAGGGAUUAAAUUCAAUCAAGAGGUCUCUAAACCGAGGACCCGUGCCACUAAAUGUUUUAGGUGUCAAGGGUUUGGACACAUUGCCUCCCAAUGUCCAAACCAACGGGCCUUAAUUAUGUUACCCAAUGGAGAUAUGUUGACCGAUGAAGAAAAAGAAGAAUAUGAGAUGAUGUCAUCAUUGGAAGAGGAAGUAGACAAGCUUGAGGAAAUACCAAUCAAUGACAAGGUUGGGUGUCUAAUGGCAAGGCGAGCACUAGCUACCCAAACUAGUCGAGAUGAACUACAACGAGAAAACAUCUUCUAUUCAAGGUGCCAUAUAAACAACAAGGUGUGCAACCUAGUCAUUGACCCGGGGAGUUGCACUAAUGUUGCAAGUGCAUUGAUGGUGGAACGACUCAACUUGCCAAUAACUGAGCAUUCUCGACCCUACAAGAUUCAAUGGUUAAAUAAUAGCGGCGAGGUACGUAUUUCUAAACAAGUCUUAGUUACUUUUCGCAUUGGUCGAUAUGAAGAUGAUAUUGUAUGCGAUGUAGUAUCUAUGCAAGCUGCACAUAUUCUUUUAGGCCGUCCUUGGCAAUUUGAUAGGAGAGUUACUUUUGAUGAUUUCUUGAAUAAAUACUCUUUUUUGUAUAAUGAUGUGUUUCCUGAUGAUGUACCUAAUGGAUUGCCACCUUUGAGAGGGAUUGAACAUCAAAUCGAUUCCAUCCCUGGGGCUUUUUUGCCAAACAAGGCACCAUAUAGGACUAAUCCCGAGGAAACUCAAAAACAACAAAGGCAAGUAGAGAAGUUACUUGGCAAAGGAUGGAUUCGUGAGAGUCUAAGUUCUUGUGCUAUACCCGUUCUACUUGUGCCUAAGAAAGAUAGAGGAUGGAGGAUGUGCACUGACUAUCGAGCCAUUAACACCGUCACGGUAAAUUAUCGUCAUUCCAUACCUCGUUUAGAUGACAUGCUUGAUGAAUUGCAUUGUGCUAUCAUUUUUACAAAAAUUGAUCUGAAAAGUGGAUACCAUCAAAUUCAUAUAAAAGAUGGGGACAAAUGGAAAACCGCUUUUAAGACUAAAUAUGGCUUAUAUGAGUGGUUAGUCAUGCCUUUUAACUUAACUAACGUACCUAGUACCUUUAUCAGAUUAAUGAACUAUGUUUUACAUCCCUUCAUCGGUAAAUUUGUGGUAGUGUAUUUUAAUGAUAUCCUAAUUUACAGUAGGAGUUUAGAAGAGCAUGCACUGUAUUUACAAGCUGUCUUAGAUGUACUUCGAAAGGAAAGGCUCUACGCCAACCUUAAGAAGUACACUUUUUACACUGAUCAACUUGUUUUUCUAAGAUAUGUUAUAAGUGCAUAG